AUGGACACCGAGCAGCUCAACAUGCAGACUACCACUACGUUCUACCUGGACAUGCAGACUACCACUACGUUCUACCUGGAAAUGCAGACUUCCACUACCUUCUACCUGGACACGCAGACUACGAUUACGUUCUACCUAGACAGGCAUUGCUUCAUCGGGAUUCGCCGGCAGCGUGCUGAGCUUGUGCGGGGCAAGUUGAAGGGUUUCGGCCCUGUACUGCUCUUGCGGAUGGCUUGCUUCAGCUUCCACUUAGGCGCGCUCCACUCGGUGCCGUUGGCGUCUUCUGUAUAUGUGUAUUUCGUUUGA